GCUUUCAACGAGAUAUAACUACUGUAUUGACACAAUAUGCUACGCAGCUCUGGUUACAUCAAUUGCUUACAUUACGCGCUAUUACAUCUAUAGCUACAUCGGUGCACAGGUGCAUUGAAAUAAACGUCGUGCGAUCGGCACUAUCACAUCAUGAGACGCGAAUAUAUUUUUAUCCUACAUUCAACUUGGUUCCUUUUCUUUUUACACUUCCAAAGUCUUUACGUUCACGCGGAAGAAUCGGGAGACGAGUACUCAAAAGGAUGCACUCAUCUGCAUUGCGAAAGCGGCAGUCGAUGCAUCAAACGGAGAUUUUGGUGCAAAGAGCCACCCUGUCCCGGAAUGUUGUACUGUUCCAAGUCUAGAAAAGAAUCGUUGAAAGGACCUCGAACGUGCGACACUGUUCGCUGCAACAGAGGACACAUAUGCACCAUUAAAGUUCGAGAAUGCCGCUGGGAUGAACAAUGCAAGCAACAAAUAGCGCGUUGCGUAUCAGAGAAGGAAUAUUACGAGGGUGCAGCUUCCUGUGCCGGUUUUGAAUGUCCAUCCGGGAAACGUUGCAUCUUGCGGGAAACUUAUUGUGUCAAUCCACCUUGCAAACUUAUAAGAAGUUGCGCGGAGAUGCCAGACGUGCAGACUUGGUUCGACGAAUGCAGAAGUUUGAACUGCACCUCGGAAUACGAGUGUUUCUUACGGCGACCGGAAAACAAUUGUCUCGAUGCACGGUGCACGCAUACGUCCGACUGCACCUUCACCGUCGAAGACGAGCUAAUUAGCAAGUACUGCCGCGGUUGGAUCUGCCCGCGAUCGCAAAAAUGUGUCGUACGAAUUGUAGGUGCUUGCAAAGGUUUCAACUGCACCGUCGAGAGAUCGUGUCGAGCAUUGGACAAGGUCGUCGAGCAACCCCCAACUGGAAAAACCCUAGUGCAAAUGGAGAGCAAACUGGUUCAAGAACUGGAGAGAAAAAUGAACUCGCAGACGAUUUAUUCAAUCACGGGGGAAAAGUCGACUUUGACAACUUCAACGCUAAGAUCAAGUUUACGCCACACGACACCCACAAAAUAUGAUACGGAAAUUUCAUUGACUCAUCGGCAAACCGCAACGACGAGUUCAGAUUUAAUCGCAAAAUCUUUCGAGUCAUCCAUAAAUCAAGAUUCGACGCUGCCUUAUCCGAAAUCUUCGUGGAAUUACAAUAAACCAUCGACAAACGAUGUUAUUGAGAUCACUUCUGAACUCGCUGACUCGACCAACGCAACCUUUCCGACAAUUUUGCUCGCUGAAGAAAAAAUCGAAUCAACUACGUCGCGUGACGCGAAGAGAUUAGAGAUGCCGAAGAAGGUCUAUAUAGCGAGCAACACGUUGUCGUUUUCUGUGGUGUUGGACGGCAUCAACUUUGUCGGGCACAAUUAUCCGAUCUGGAUAAAGAACGAUCCGCAUCCCACAGAAUUGUUGGAGAUAAAAGACGAGAACGAUAACAGAUGGGGAUACACGCCUCAGGAACCAUACAGGAUUUUACUGCCGCCAUACGAACCGGUGAUCCUUGUCGAGGAUACCCGAGAACGAGAAGUCUUUCCAUUUUUAACUUAUGUGUUCAAUCGUCAAUCUUUUAAUGAGGCGACUGCUUUUAUAUCCUUGUCAAAAAUGGCAUCUACAGAUGCAAAGACGGCAGCUUCAAAGACGGAUGAUAUCUCAACAAUUGUGGACGACAAGAAUGGUAAUUAUAUCAACGAUUCCGUGAUUGUCGAAGCAGAAAACUUUGAGACGAAUUAUUUCAAUGAUUCGUCUGGCUAUUAUAAAGUUUUCCGGAACAGAAGAGACAAACGUUAUUAUUACGCCAGAGAUUCGCCCAGGAACGGACAAUUACUACGACCGGGACAAAGCGAUUACAGUUCUCGAGACGAGAAACUCUACGGCCUUGCAAAGUAUCCUUACGACACAAUAUCCGUCGACGACGUCGACAAAUCGCAACGCGAAUAUGAAGGAUCACGUCUAAAUAAGAUUUCGAACAUUUCGUUGAACGAGGAAGGAAAUCAGAUGAGUUGCAACUGCCCAUUGACUCCGUCCACGGGACCCACAUUGGCCUCGACAUGCGGCGGAACAUCCUUUAUGCUCUUUAUGGGAUUGCUCGAGGUCUUUUUACGGAGCCAGUGCGAUCUCGAGGAUCCGUGUAACAGACCCGCGACUCGGGACACGGUCAAUUCGAGGUACGACUUCGUGGUGAUCGGUGGUGGUAGCGCGGGUGCGACUGUCGCGGCCAGAUUGUCCGAGGAACCGAGAUUCUCGGUGUUGCUGCUGGAAGCUGGACUGGACGAGCCGACAGGUACUCAAAUACCCUCGUUUUUCUUCAAUUUCAUCGGCAGCGAUAUCGACUGGCAGUACUCUACCGAGAGCGAGGACGGAGCUUGCUUAAACAAGGAGGACAGAAAAUGUUACUGGCCUAGAGGGAAAGUUCUCGGUGGUACCAGCGUCAUGAACGGGAUGAUGUACAUGAGAGGAUCACGCAAGGAUUACGAUGAUUGGGCCAGGCUCGGUAAUGUCGGAUGGUCUUAUCGCGAUGUCCUUCCGUAUUUUAUAAGGAGCGAGGAUAAUCAGCAAGUGAACAACAUGGAUUAUGGUUAUCACGGUGUUGGAGGACCGCUCACAGUCAUGCAGUUCCCCUAUCAUCCCCCGUUAAGUUACGCUCUUCUGGAAGCCGGAAAAGAAUUAGGAUACGACACGGUCGAUUUGAAUGGACGGACGCACACGGGAUUCGCUAUUGCUCAAACCACGUCGAGAAAUGGCUCGCGACUGUCCACAUCGCGGGCUUUUCUGCGUCCUGCCCGGAAUCGUCCUAAUCUCCAUAUAAUGCUGAACUCGACGGCGAUGAAGAUCCUCUUCGAUGACAACAACAGGGCGGUUGGCGUCGAAUUCGUCCACAACGGGAAGACCCAACGCGUCACGGUUGCAAAGGAGGUGGUGGUGAGCGGAGGUGCUGUCAACUCGCCUCAAGUUCUCUUAAACAGUGGCAUAGGACCUCGGGAGGAGCUGAACGCGGUGGGCGUACCGGUUGUACGUGAUCUUCCGGGUGUCGGCAAGAAUCUCCACAAUCACGUAGCCUACACACUGGCCUUCACCAUUAAUGAUACCGACACCACUCCGCUCAAUUGGGCGACUGCCAUGGAAUACCUACUAUUCAGAGACGGUCUAAUGUCUGGCACAGGAAUAUCCGAAGUGACGGCGAUGAUAAAUACCAAGUACGCUGAUCCGAGGGAGGAUCAUCCCGACGUUCAGCUAAUCUUCGGUGGUUACUUGGCCGAUUGCGCGGAGACCGGCAUGGUGGGUGAGAAGAAGGGAGCAAACCGCAGCAUCUACAUCAUCCCGACGAUCCUGCAUCCGAAGAGCCGCGGUUAUCUGCGCUUGCGAAACAACGAUCCACUCUCGAAGCCGCUGAUCUACCCCAAGUAUCUGACUCACGCCGACGACGCGGCCGCUCUUGUAGAAGCUGUCAAGUUUAGCAUCAGAUUAUCGGAGACCCAAGCACUCAAGAAAUACGGUUUUGAGCUGGAUCGAACUCCCGUGAAAAAUUGCGAGCAUCUGAAAUUUGGCUGCGACGCUUAUUGGGAAUGCGCGAUCCGUCAUGACACUGCGCCUGAGAAUCAUCAAGCUGGAUCCUGCAAGAUGGGACCACCGGACGAUCCUUUCGCCGUGGUUGACAAUCAAUUGCGUGUCAGAGGGGUUCGAGGAGUGAGGGUGGCCGAUACGAGUAUCAUGCCGAAGGUGACAUCCGGCAACACAAAUGCUCCGGCGAUCAUGAUCGGCGAAAGAGCGGCAGACUUCAUCAAGAAAACUUGGGUCGACUGAUUUCAGCUGAUUUAAAAUCGAAUGAUUCUUAUUAUGAAUUUUGCAAAAAAAUCUCGUGUUUCAGGCAACGCAGAUAAUUUAAAAAGAUUGUAAGAAAGUUUGAGAUUUUUGCAUUCUUCGAAUUUCUCGUUAUAGAUGAAAGACACGUACAUUUGAAACAUAUAUAGAUUCACCUUUUUCAGAGACAAUCUUGUGAAAUUUUGACGAUUAAUUAAUUACAUUUAAUUAGGAUCUUAGAGUAUUACUUAGUGUGUACUUUUGUAAGUUAUGUUAAAUAAUCUCUGUCAGAACGAGAGAUUAUUCUUUAGCAUAAAAUUAUUUUACCAACGAGCAAAAUAGUAUUAUAGCUUUUUCUAGUUACAUGACAGGAUAUGUAAGAUUUUAUUCUAUUUUUGACAAGGAUUUUAUUCUACGCUCAUUUGGUAUAUUGUACGUUUAAGUUCGUUUUGUUUUUUUCUUCGUACCAAAUAGAUUCAUUGAUCGCGAUAACUUUUAUAAUAAGCCAACCAUUUCGAUUGUCUCCGCAAAUUUCCUCUGCAUUUCCACCGACAAUAAAUAGAAUAAGUGACUUUGUAACUGUGUAAAUAGUACAUUACCGCAGUGUACUCUUCAACGAAUCGCUCCGUAAAAUAAUGUACAAAUAAAGAAUAUUUUAUCGCGAAA